AUCACUUCAUGAAGCCACAUCGAUAAUCACCUUCAGCUUGUAACCCUAUACUUACUACAUGCUUCCCUUCUACAUAGGUAUAUAGUAAGGUUGAAGUGAAAGCAGACGUGCCAUUGCCUACCUAGAAAAUCGGUAACCGGAGAGAAUCGUGCUUGGGGACUCUGCAAGACAUGGCUAAGGAUCCAUAUCUAGGACGCGUGAUUACGGCCUUCGAGGGCGGCAUCACUACACGUGUGAUCACCCAUCCUUCUCAUCCCGACCGCGUAUUCGCCUACGAGGUGACGUUCCUGCUUCAGCACCCACGUGUUGUUGCUGUUGCGUCGCAGAAGCCGCCCUUACACUUCCACCCUCACCAGGAAGAGUACCUCCAGGUGCUUGAAGGACGCUUAGCAUUCGAGAUCGAAGGCAAGGAGCGUAUUCUUAGUCCCGAAGAUGGGGAAGUUGGCGUUCGCCCGUGGACGAACCAUAGGCUAUACUCGCCGGUGUCUAAGGGUACCGAGAGCGAUUCGAAGGUGACGAGGUUCUUGCUUUCGGCAGAUAACACGCCCGAGCUGUUCAGGCUUGAUACGGUCUUCUUUGAGAAUUGGUAUGCCUACCAGGAUCAGAUCGUCGUGAAGGGCGAGAAGAUAGAUCUUGUUCAGGUAAUGAGUAUGUUCGACGCAGGCGGUUCUUACCUGUCACUCCCACGAUGGAUACCAUUCAGUAGGACGAUAGCACGAGGAUUGGGGAUUCUGGUAGGUAGAUGGAUAGGAGGUAUUCUGGGAUAUAGGCCAUUCCAUCGUAAAUGGACGACAGACUGGGAGUUUGCAUGCCGGAAGAUGGAAAUGUCAAUCUUCCAGAGACGCUUCACAGAUCGAUCCAAGACGGAGUAGAGUCUGAUAGAUUCAGAAAGAA